AUGCUAAUCAGGAAUUUGCUCUCUUUUCGGCGUAAUGGCUACGAUCCGGUUGAGGAAAUCGACCUUGAAGAUUUACACGCCGACGGCCGCCGCCGGGUACGUGAAAACCUCGCCGCUUGCGAGUACGACUUGCGACAGAGCUGGUUGACGGGGCUGAUGCGGGCCAUCCGAGCUGUCGACUAUCUCGACGAGUCUCAGUUGCCCCAUUCAUCCAAGAAUGCGGCCUACUACACCCCUCUUGCGGAGUAUGUCCGCCGGCGCGAAUUCGGUCGUAUGCUGCGACAUCCCGAGAUCCUCGUGCCCCUGGUGCUGUCCGGCGUGCUAGAGGCAGUCGCCUGUCUAUCAACAGUGGCGGCGCCGCUGCUGAUGCAGCGCGUGCUUCAAGAACCGUCAGAUCCAGGCCAUCUGCUGGCUCUGUUCGGGGUCAGUCUUGUGGCGACGCUGGCCGGUCGCAGCAAAGAUCAGAUUUGCCGAGUGCUGGCGGUUCGCGUCUCGUCGAUCCUGCAGUUGGCGCUCUUUCGCAAGUGCCUCCGGUUCUCGGGUAGGACGACCUGUACGGAGGGUCGCCUAGUGAGCUGUUCAACUACCGACAUGAUGCUCCUGCGUAACUACAUCCUCAAAAUGCACGACAUUUGGAGCAGCCCCCUACAGUUAAUUUUGAUCAUUCUCUUGGUGCUACGUCUGUUGGGUCUGUCCGGGCUACUGGGAUACUUCGCCAUGGCUUUCCUCUUGCUUUCGCAAACUCAAGCCAACGGCAAAGUAGCGAGCGCUAUGGAGAAAUACCUUGGCCACGACGAACGACGGAUCACGAUGUUAAGCCAAGCCUUCCAGCGCAUCAAAGGAAUCAAAUUAAUGCUGCUCGAGUCGAUUAUCAUGAAGAAAAUAGCUGCCAUUCGUGAACUGCAGCUUGUGGCGCUAAAGCGCCGCCUUCGUCUCGUGUUUUGUUUUUUUAUCUCUAUCAAUCAAAUGAUUCCCGGCCUCACGGCCCUGGUCUCCUUUAUUUCCUACUGGGCCGGCCAACAUGCCCUGGAUGCUCAGGUAAUUUUCCCGGCUCUUACGCUAUUUGAGCUGAGUUAUGGCCCUGCAUCGAAGCUGUCGCUAGCGGUGACGCGCCAGUUCUCUAUCCUGCCCAGUGUAUUCCGUGUGCGAGAUAUCCUGCGCCAAGAAGAAGUCGACGAAAAGAGAUCCGGGGACCCGGGCGAUAUGGCGAUCAGCCUCGACAAAGCCACCAUCUCUUACCCUGGCCUUGCAAACAACGCGGAGACCACAGAUGAGUACACUGCAUUCCGGCUUGAUGCCCUCACCCUUAAAAUCCCACGGAGACGCCUCACCUGUAUCUAUGGACACAGUGGCGCCGGGAAAUCCACAAUGAUAAAAGGCAUUGUCGGCGAAUCCGUGGCUCAGCCACCAUCAUCAGUCAGGGUCAAUGGAAGCUGCGCCCUUUGCCGCCAGGAUCCAUGGAUUAUGCAAGGGACUGUGCGGGAGAACGUUUUACUCGGGAAGCCCUAUGAGGAGCUUCGAUACCGUCAGGUCCUUCGCGACUGCUGUCUUGAAGCCGACCUGACCAUGUUCCCCGGUGGCGACCAGGCGUUGGUGGCUGGCAGUGGAGCGACCCUGAGUGGUGGACAGCGGGCGCGCAUCUCACUCGCCCGCGCCGUGUAUAGCCAAGCCGAAAUUAUCCUGCUUGACGAUCCUCUCUCGGCUGUGGACGCCCGCGUUUCGCAAUGCCUUUGGAACGAUUGCAUCAGAAAACUGUCCCAAACGGUCGUCGUUGGUGGGAUCAUUGCUCAGGGACCGCCAGAUCAGGUCCUCAAACACCCCUUCUUCAACGGAAGUACCUUGCUGGAUGCACCUAAGGAAUUGUCUCCCCCGAUAGAUGAUCAGGCACAAUCGGUUGCCCCAGCACCUAACACAGUCAACUCCACAGCAAUUGCUCUUGAUAAGGAGGUUAGGGUUAGAGGAAGCGUUGACCGGGGAUUAUACGGUGUCUAUCUCAGACACAGCGGGGGAUAUCCCUAUAUCGCUUCUUUGAGCGCGAUAUUUUGUCUGACGGUGGGUACGCGUAUCGUAGGAAAUAUUUGGUUGGCGUGGUGGGUUAGCGACGCGCUGCACUGGGCGCAACACCACUACAUGUCCGGGUAUAUUGGGGUGAUGCUAUCGCAGGCGGUGUUUGUAGCUCUCGUUGGUGUCUAUCUGGUUGCCGGAAGCGUUCAAGCCAGCCGACGCAUCCAUGAAGGUGUUCUGGCGCGGCUCUUUAACGCGGACAUGGAUUUUUUUGACCAACAGCUACUUGGGCGGAUUAUCAAUCGCUUAUCGGUUGAUAUAGAGGGUAUCGACUUUCGAUUGAUCAAUGCGGCCGAUGGCUUGCUUCUCGCAGCUUCUCCGUUGUUAGCGAGUACCAUUGUUCUUGCAAUGAGCUCGCUUUACUUGAUUCUAGCUCUCGUGCCCAUUGGGUACAUGACCAGUCGCAUACAGCUGCUUUAUGGAGUAUCUGCACGAGAAGUGCGUCGCUUGUGCUCUGUGCUCGACUCCCCGGUCCUCGCCGUGAUCAACGAGGCCAUGGGUGCGCGGGCCUCGAUCCAAGCGUACUCCGCCAUCGAGUUAUUUGAGGAGCGGCAUCGCGCGGUCCUGUCCAAGGCCAUGGCCGGAAUCAGCGUCCGCUACGCACUAGAGACGUGGGUGACAGUGCGGGUGGAACUCGUUUCCGUCCUACUACUUGGUGCAACCUGCGCAUUGUGCGGCCUAGGAUUGCUUAAUGCCGUUCAGGCUGGUCUGACUCUCAGCUUGAGCAUCACAAUAGCGAAACACCUGGACACUUUUCUGUGGUCCUUAAUUAACCUUGAUGUUGAAAUGAAUUCCAUGGAGCGCCUCAAUCAGUACCUGAUGCUGCCUGCCCCAGAGACCAUUUCUUCUUCUAUCGGGCGAGAAAUUGCACCCUCCUGGCCGGAGAGUGGCAGCGUGGUAUUUUCUGGAGUUGAGGUCACGUAUGCUCAAGCUUCGCAACCGUCUCUCAAUGGCUUUGAUCUCAUCAUCCCUGCGGGUGCCAAGGUGGGGAUCGUAGGCCGAAGCGGCUCCGGCAAAUCGACCAUCAUCGCGGCACUAACAGGCAUUGUACCACUCACAGCAGGCACUAUUCGGAUUGAUGACGUGGACUUGACGACGGUCUCACUGCGCCAGCGUCGACGAUCUGUUCACGUGCUCGCCCAGGAUGCCGUGCUCUUCGAUGGCACGCUUCGUGAGAAUUUGGAUCCCUCUCGGCGCAGCAAGGAUGUGGACAUGCUUGAGACAUUGUCAGCAAUGGCAUGGCACCAGCUCGAGGACCAAUUUGACGGCGCUGACCGCCGAUCAGUGCUGGACCAACACAUUUUGGCUGGGGGCACCAAUCUAUCCGCGGGUCAAGCGCAAUUGGUGGCUCUGGCGCGGGCGGUGCUGGCGCGGCCGCGCAUCCUGGUGCUCGAUGAGGCAACAGCGAAUGUUGACCAAAGCACGGAUGAGAUCAUCCAGCGAAUUCUGCAGCAGUCCUUCCGGGAUAGUACGGUCCUCUGCGUGGCGCACCGAGCAACCAGUGUCGCCUGGAUGGAUUGUGUCAUCACCAUGGCGGAUGGCCGCAAAGUGGGGUAA